AAAGGGAAGGAAAGGGGAAUGGGGAGAGGGAGGAUGAGAGACAACAACAACAACAAAAAUACUCUUUCGCCUUGUUUGUUUAUUAACGGAUUCGUGUUUUGUCAAAGAGCGUUGACAGGAUGCGUCGCAGGAGAAACUAGCGAAGGUGUGACAUGACAGAACAAAAGAACAAAAGGACGUUUGUUUUCUUGUUUUCCUGAAAAGUGAACUUGGCUCUUGAGCCGGAAAGAGAGGACAGAAAAAAAGAAAAAAGAGAAGAGAAAAAAUACAAUAAGGAUAUCGAUUUUAUUUUUUUUAUCUCCUUGCUCUCCGAGAAUGAUGGCGUCGCGUUUGUGAAAUAGGAGGAGCCGAAGGGAGGAGAAGGAGAGGGAGAGAAGGAGAGAGGAAGAGGAAAAGGGGAGCUGGAGAAGGAGGAAGAGAACGAAAAGAAAGUAGGAGAAGGAACAAGAAGAGGGGAAAUAGAGAAUCCGGAAGAAGAGAGAAGAUAGGAGGAGAAGGAGAAGGAGGAGGAAAGGGGGAGGAGGAGGAAAGGAGGAAAGAAGGAGGAGGAGGAGGAGGAGGAGGAGGAUGGCUUCCUUCUUCAGCUGUUGCUUCGAGCGGGAGAGGUUCUCUGACGUGGCCGACGCCGUCAUCGUCAAGUGCGGCGACUCUGCCUGUUGUUGCGGCUGCUGCUCGGCCUUCCGCCCGCGCUACAAGCGGCUGGUGGACAACAUCUUCCCGGCCAACCCCGAGGAUGGCCUCGUUAAGUCGAACAUGGACAAGCUGAUGUGGUACGCCAUGACCUCCCCGGACAAGCUGGACCGCAUCGGGGACUACCUCGCACAUCGCCUCUACAGGGACAUCAACAGGAGGAAAACAGGCUAUGUCAUAAUCUCCAUGGAUGCCCUUGACCAGUUGCUUGUGUCGUGCCACGCCAACAACCUCAACCUCUUCGUCGAGUCCUUCUUGCAGAUGGUGCAGAAGUUGCUGGAGUCAACUGAGCCCAAGCUUCAGCUGCGGGCAACCCAGUCGUUUGAGAAGUUUGCCAAUAUCCGUGAAGACACACCUUCCUACCAUCGCCGUUAUGACUUCCUGGUGAGCAAGUUCUCGUCGAUGUGCUAUGCCAGUGAGGACGAGGAGGUCAUGCGGAAGCAGCUGCGCACGGCUGGCAUCAAGGGCUUGCAGGGCGUUGUGCGCAAGACUGACUGGGACAAUCUCGGCGAGAACAUCUGGCUUCCAACGCACAUGGAGAAGAUCGUUCCGUCACUCCUGUACAACAUGCAGGGGAACAAGGCAUAUGUGCAUGGUAUGACGCAGAUCAGUGACACCCAAGACAACCACCAGAACGAGGGCGAGAAGGAGCCGCACGAACUGGCGGAAAUGUGCCUGAGGGAGCUGGUCUCUCGGGCGACUUACGGCAAGAUACACAACGUCAUCAAGCCUCUGCUGAUCCAUUUAGACUACGAGGGACUCUGGGUCAACAACAGCUUUGCGGUGCAGGUCUUCAAGAUUGUCAUGUACUCCAUACAGGCUCAGUACAGCAUCACAGUGAUAGAGCUCCUCAUGGCACACCUCAAUGAGAAGAGCAGCGAGCCAGCGCAGAUAAGGACAGGCAUCGCAGACGUGCUCUCCAAGGUGAUUCCGAUCGCUGCCGGAGAAUGCAUAGGCCCUUCGGUCAUUGAGAUCAUCAACUCCCUGCUGGAGCACAUCCGUUCCUCGGUGGUUGGGGGUGUGAGCGGCAAGGAGAGCUCCGCCGAGAAGAUGUACCAGGAGACGCUAAUCCAUGCCUUGGGAGAAUAUGCCAACCACCUGCCUGACUAUCAGAAGAUCGACUCCAUGGUCUUCAUCCUGAACAAGGUGCCGGGUAGUGACCGAGUGGAUGAUGGAGGUUCACAGCGACCCGAGGCAGAGGUUAAACUUCAGCAUCUGCUCCUCAAGUCACUUCUCAAGGUCGGAACCAAGUACACGACGGUGCAGUACUCAACCACCUUUGCGCAGUCUUUCCUGGUUCGUCUGAUGCGCCUCUCCGUCUCGAGUGAUGCCGAGGUCCGUCUCACUGUGCAGCAAAUUCUCCACACUCUCAUCGACCGCCACCAGAACAUUGAGAAGCUUGCCAAACCAACCCUUGAGGUAAGCCGACUGGGCCUGACAAUGAGCAAGCCGGUGCGUCAAGACGUCAACUUCUGGAAGAAGUCUGGCAACGAGAUCAUGCUCUCCAUCCAAGAGAAUUGCGAGUUCAGCAACAACCGCCUGGUCAACAUUGAGGCCAUUUAUGCCACCCUCAUGCUGCUCAUGGCAGAAAUUCGCUCGGAUGACGUCAUGGUGGACAUCCUCAGGGUCCUGUUCCAUGUGCAGUCUCCAACAAAACCCAAAGACGCUUCCGAUGAGCCAAAGAGACCUCGGCAGACACUAGGAACCCCAACGGACGCAUCCAAAACCCCAACAGAGCCCCAAAGAAGACCGCGGAGACCCCAGCGAAUCCCCAGGAGGCCCCAAAAGACACCACCAGCUUUGUCUUGGCCUGUUGCUGCUGACAAUCUUUGCCAACUUCAAAAUGGGGAGAAAUCCCGUCAGGCGCCUCCAGUUCCCUCGGCGUCGCCUCCCGCUGCCCUUCGCCCGAAGCGGCGGCGGCGCUGCCCCGCGGGGCACCGGGAGCGGAAUUCAGGUGGCCUUCUCUAG